GAGAGAAAAGCCGAGCGAGGCUCCGCCCCUCUUUCCUCCCCGGGAGACGAGCAAGAGCGCGCGCCGCGUGGCUUGCAGCCGAAGCCCGAGGGAAGGAUGUGUCCGGUCCCGCGGGCGGGGCUGGCCCUGCUGCUGGAAGUGGGGGUGCGCGCGAUGCUGUUGGGUCUCUUCUUGUUCACUCAAGUGUUGCCACCUUUCCAUCGAGUCAUACAGCCUGAAGAAAUGUGGCUCUACAAAAACCCCUACGUAGAGUCUGACCAUGUGCCCACGACUUCUAUGUUUUUGAUUUCCUUUGUGUCUCCUUUGGCCUUG